AUGGCGGCGGCCCUCUCGGGCCUGGCGGUACGGCUGUCGCGCUCCGCCGCGACCGGCGGCUCGUCGUACGGCACCUUCUACAAGGGGCUCACACGCACGCUGAUCACCUUUUUCGACCUGGCCUGGCCUGGAGGUCUGCGCAUGAAAUUCCCCUACUUCUACGUUGUGGCUUCGGUGAUUCUCAAAGUGCGCCUGCAGGUACAUAUUUAG